AUGAGCGACACGCAGUACGCGACGAGACCGUUACCGCAAAGCAACUCAGUGCCGCCAGGACUAUCAUCUGACGUCCAUACUACGCCUAUCGAUGUCAAAUCCGGAUUGAACAGCAGUAAAGAAACCGCGUCGUCUGUAUCCUCACAAGCUGCUAGCUCCGGUCCGCGCGCGAAGAAGAAGAUACGUCCAAUUGAGAACAUUGCAGCUGAGGUAGCACCCCAUAUGACACCCGCUGCUCUCGAUAUAUUCAUGAAAAACGUCGGACUGGCUCGCCAAAAUAUCCUGCUGGCGUUUCCUGGGCUGCAGGGACAUAAGUGGGCAGCUACUGGCCAGCAGCAUGGUCAACCAGCGCAGGCUCCCACUUCAGCUCAGCCAGCGCAAGUUUCCACUCCAGCUCAGAACAACGAACGCCAAAAGCAGUUCUCGUCGUCCUGUUCAGAGUCUCAGCAUCCGUCACAACAUCGAGAAGACCGGCCUACGUUGCCUUCAAGUCAUGCAGCGCCCUCACUGCCACCGACACUACAACAAACGCCCAAGCAGUUACUAGAGAAUUCGAGCAUCAAGUCUGCUUAUCCGCAGCUACAAAAGUCAAUCACAUCAGGUUUCAUCAACACAACAGAGCAGUUUACCCCCAAGCCUCGCCAACCAGAGGUCCGCCAGCCGCUGGCCAAAAUCGCGUCCUUGCCGCCCGUACAAGUCCCACAGAACCACCGCCGUACCACGCCGCAUCCUGCACCUCAAAUCCCCACCGCAGCCCUCUCAUACGCCGAGGCCCGACGUCGUAACGAGAUAGCGGAGCAGGCCCGCCUCGAGCGGGAGCGCAAAAAUGAGGCGGAACAACGCGCGAAGGAGCGAGAAGAGCUGCUCAAGGACCCCAGCGCCAUAUACCACAGCUACAUACAGGUGCUGGAGUUCGUUCCUCUCCGCUACGGCCAACAGCGCAACCCGUACCUUGACAGCCUUCUCGCAAAUCAGCCGCUUCCUCAUGCGGAGUGGUCGAGUGAUCGCGGGCUUGCUGUUCGGUAUGCGAAGAAACACUGGGAGAGCUAUCUAACGGUAGAGGAUCAAGACUUCGCGGCUAAGAGAGCGAAGGCGGAGAAGAGGAAGAACCAGGAAGAGCGCGAAGGGGUGGAUGGCCAUGCUGCUAAGAGACGCAGGGUUUGA